AUGAGUAACACUACAGCAAAGAGUGUUGCAACGUUUAGAGCAUGUUUGGGUGCCGAUGCCCAGACUGCUAUGGGUUCACUGUUCGGUGCGGCGACAGCGACUUCAUCAUCAAAGGUAGCGGCAAGAGUCACCUUCACAGACAUCAACAACAAGUCAUUCCGAUCAUAUAUAACAAUCAACCAUAACAAUAACAGCAGUAAGGGUUGCAUCAUCACAUCAUCGAGUACAUUGCUACGAAGCAUUGCUCCACACUUUGGUCGUCAACAUCAUCUUAGGUCAUUCACUUCAACAUCAACUACAUCAUCUUCAUCGAACAACAACAACAAUAACAACAACAAUGAUGCAGAGAAUGAACAACAACAACAUAAGAAUCUAUUUGAUCAAGACAAGGUGUUGGUGUUUGAAGAUGUCAAGGAGUUCAAGUUCAAGGGUAUCUCAUUCAUUGGCUUCCUUCAGAUCGGUCUGCUGUUUGGUAUCUACGACUGGUACUUUGAGCUGCCCGACCCAGGCUUUGCUACUACUGCACUAGUCUUUGGUGUAUGCACAGGCUUUGUCCUUGCAACAUUCUACUUCAUCAGGAAGCAUGGUAGGAUGUCGAUUGCAAAGAUAUUCGCAUAUAACAAGGGUAGGAUCAUUGAGUUGGUCACUUACAAUCAGUUUGGUAAUCCAAAGGUGCAUCGCGUCGUCACUGUUAGCAAGUUCAACAAUGUCAAGAAGAACGCCAGCAUCACCACUGUUGAGAAGCAGCAACAGAUGUUCUACCUCAAGCUGGCGGGCACUGCCACUCACUACAUGGGCGACCUGAACGGUGGCACCAUCCACAACCCUGCCAUCCUCGAGAAGCUCAUCCACACCAAGAGUAUCACACAGAAAUAA